AUGGGUCUUUACAAGCUCAACACCUGUUACUCCAUAUUCGUUACGGUGAACACCUAUGUUCUUCUCGCAGCUGACAUGGCUGAUUUCCGAAGCAUAGCAAAAAAAUUCGGCCCCUCCAACUUGGCUGAUCAAAUCGAAGAUUUAGUUCAGGACAAAUUCGGAGACGACCGUGAUGAACAGUCAGACAGAACAGCUGAAUAUUCUGACGACGGACAAUCACAAAGUCAGAUUGUUCAGUCUUAUGAAGUCACUACAGAAAGACCGAAUUAUAAUUUUCAGACAGACCCACAACCGAAGCCUUUUCGUAGUCAGAACCGAUAUAAAUUGAAAAGUGCACCUGCGAUACAUUCCCUAGUUGCUGCAUCCCCGAUAGUACCACCAGGCUUGAAUUUAGAUGAAAUCGUUGAAAGAGUGAAGCAAAAACUUCAAGAAGAGCUGCUCAACCGCAAGCCCGAUGUUCAAGAUGUUUUAAGAGAUCAGAAUGUCAAUGCACAAAUGGUAAACACAGCACAGCCUGCACCGGUACAGAAACUGCCCCCACCACCACGGCCACCUGUCAAAAAAGUGAAGAACGUCUUUAAACUAACUGGAGCUGACAGUCCGGCACAGCUGCCAAUCUAUGAAACACCAGUUAACGUAGCUAAAGAAGAACAAUACGAGACUACUUACGAAGAACAUGACAAUAAAUUUGUACCAGGACUCGAUAUUCAAGGCCAACCAGUAACACCAGAUACAGUAAAAAAGGUUAAGUUCCUCAGACCAGAGCAAGGAAUUAUGAAGAAAUUGAGGUUUGUGAAAAAAGUCGCGAUGCCAGCGAAGCCGAUACAAAGGCAGCCUGUAGCACAAGUACCACAGAUACCACAUAUACAAGAACCAAAAUUAGUACAACAGAAGAAGGUGUUACAGAAACAGAGGCAGAGACUAACAGCGCAGAAACCAAUGAAAAAGAAACGACGAAUCCGUGUUUCGGGACCAACAACCCCACAAACGCAGCCUCAAAACGCAGCUGCAAAUGCGGCUGAAAAUGAAAACAUGGGAGUUUCACCAGCCCCAGGUAUAUUCGAAGCUGUAGAUUUAAUCAAAUCUAAUGACAGCUACGAAGAUUACGUCACACCGGAGAAGGAAGAAGCUUUUGAGAGCGAUGGUGCGGACACUGCUCCUACAGUACCAACAGCAGUAAUCGCUCAGAAAUUUAAAGUAACACCGACUAUUCCAACUAAAGCUACAUUUGCUAUAGAAAUGGAACCACUAGCUGAAGACAUAGAAACUCCACCGAAUGAAGAAGUUGAGGAAUACGCGGAUGAAUCACCAGAAACGACCACUAUAGAGCCUAAAGCUAAAACUGAAAGCAUAUCGUUUGAAGAAGGUGAAGUGGACCCUAACGCAACGACAAUUGCAGAGGUCACUGUAAAGGGUCAGACUACGAAAAAGAUUAAAAUGGGUACAAUGAUACCUACAAGAGAGUAUUAUAAGCAAAGCAGUCCUAAUUAUUAUGCGAAAUUGCCGACAAUUGCUGAGAAAUAUAAUUUCCAAGAGCCGAUACCAGAGGCGGAUAGGGUGCCUGAAAAUUUGAAGCCUAUAGGAAGUCCUCCUUCAAGUAUUAACGGGAAAGUUAUACUUAUUUAG